AUGUCUUUCUCGUUCGGCUUUAGCGGCGAUGACAUCGAGGACGACGAUGGGGAUGCCACGGGCUCGCACGAUACCCUUACUAGCAAAAUCUCCGAGUACACACUGUCCGACUCAGCGCAGCCUCCAAAUGUCUCCAUCCGGCCACAAAGACAUUCGCUGGAAGAAUUGAGUCUCCUCCCCAAAGACACCGACUUCAACUCAAACAACCAUGGGGCCGAGGGAGAGACCACCCUCUACCGUCGCUCGGUGUUUGACAUCCGCGCUCAGCUUAUGGCCGAAGCGAACCCAUCCGCUGGACAAGGGGACACCGCCAACACGCUCCUCGCGGGCCUAGAGAGUGGUGACCUCUCCUCUGGCGUCUACGAGGGGGGUUUCAAGACGUGGGAAUGUGCCCUCGACCUGGCCUCCCUUGUCGACUCGGAACCAGCCUUUUCUGGCGGUGGCCGAGACGCCCCCGAUCUAGAUCCAGAGCAGCAGCAUUGGGAGGUCAUUGAACUUGGCGCGGGCAGCGCAGUUCCAACUCUGGCUCUCAUCCAAAAAUUCCUUGAGAGGAGGAAAACGCAUCCGACCCCUAGAGGGAGCCUCAAAGUGACGUUAUGCGACUACAACGUGGACGUCCUGCGACUGGCUACCGCGCCCAAUGUGCUCCUGAACUACCUGUUCGCUUCAGGGAAAGUGCCCCCGUCGCUCGAUGAGGGUGGCUGGGACGGAGACCUCGAUGUUGAAGAACUCGGAGGCGCGUCCUUCGUGAAGACUACCAUCCAGGACAUGGCAUCCGACAGCAUAUCGUUCGAUUUCAUCUCCGGGGCAUGGGGCCCGGAAUUCCUUGACCUCAUCCGUCAUUCACCAUCAUCGACGCCGCCGCACGAAUCAGGAAUGAUGGACCAGAAACUCCGACCACCAACAAACCUGCUCAUCCUCGCUUCCGAGACCAUCUACUCGCCCGCCUCGAUCAAGACCUUUUCAGAAACCGUCAUCGCUCUCCUCCACCUCCAGCGGAAUCCUUCUUCCCGGUCCCGCCGCCAAUCGGGGACCAGAAUCGAGGGAGAAGUGAUGACGGGACGCGGCAGUGCCCAGCCCCUUCCGCCCUCCACCAGGGCCUGGGUCGCCGCAAAAAGAGUCUACUUCGGCGUCGGGGGCGGCGUGGACGAGUUCGCUCGGGAAAUGGACAGGCUCGGCGCGAGGACUCGCGUGGUCAUGGACAUCAAGCAUGCAGGCGUGGGGAGGGUCGUGUUGGAGGUCACACUCCCAGCCCUGGCAGGAUAA